UUGGAUACAUUGGCACUUUUCGUGUGACCUAGAAACGAACGCAAUCCGGCGGUUAUAUCAAAGUGAUCCUUAGGCCCGUGCUUUAAGAAUCGCUUCCGCUCGACGAAGAAGCGAUUUGCGUCAUUUCCUCCACGAGGGUUGCGUGACGACGUACGCAUGCGGCUUGCCCCUUUCGACCCCGGUAAAAUGGCGGAGACAACAUGGCCGCCGGGCAGCCGCAGGAUACUCGGCACCGCUGCUCCUGACCGACACGAAGUGGACACGCUUUUCCGCCUUUCGUCACCUAGACACCACAUCCGCGCGGAAACCGCCGGUGUCAUCGAUUUACCGCCCGCUGUCGCGAUACAAACGCCGAUACGAAUCCCGCGUGCAACAAGUGAUAGCGUUUCAAAACUCAGUCGUAUAAAUGACGCACUCGUAUUAUUCUCUGGCUGUGAUGUGAUUGUGGGUCGCUUAUAAAUAUAGAACGUGCCCUUUUGGUCAGUGGCGGCGCGGGUGAGCCGAGCAGCGCGUGACGUAGCCCGCUCACGUUCCCCGCGCCGCGCAACGUCAACAGUGGCGCGUCACGCAGACCGGUCUUCGCUUCACAUAAAUAUUAUCAACACGCAAGCGUCAAGAGCUCGCGGUAUUUUCAAACGCUGAAUUACCAUAUUAUUGAUGGUAGUAUGAAUCGCCAUGGUGUUUUCGAUUUCAUAAUCCUUCAAUAAGCUUAUCUGAUGAUGAGUAAUUGAUAAUAAGACUGGAGUUACAGUUAAUGAACACAGAUAUGACGAUAAUACUAGUGCAUCAUUGCGAGAGUGAGGCUCGCGCAAUUCAGUACACGGACAGAGGUAGUGGCGCGAGCGCGUGAAUCGCGCACUUCGACGGGGCGCAGCGCACGUGCUACGAUGUGUUUACUACCACGCCGGACAUGCUGCGUUAGUGAUUGCCUGUUGAUUGUGAACUGAGACUAAUGCAUUCGGCAAAUGCACCCUGUUUGCCGGAAGCAGGGAGGCCUCACGUGCGGCGUGUGGCGCGAUAGCUCGCGAUGUUGACGUUCGUGUUCGCGGUGUGGUCGGCGGCGCGCGCGCUGGGCUGGGCGUGCGACGUACCCACCACUCCUGAAGCCGAGGACGUGCCGCUCCUACCGCGCCUGCGUUCUGCACGCGCGUCCAGUGAUCUCUCCACUUUAAGCGCGACCACCACUAGCUCCAGCCAGACCAGUAGUGAAGAUCAGAACAAGAGGUGGAGCGAAGCGCCCAGGCGAUGGAGUGCAAGAGGAGCAGCUCGGAGGCCGCUAAGAAGACCGCCAGUGUCGGCCAGGAGAAGAACCACUGGCAGUUUCGAUGUGGAAAAUGGGGGAGGUGCGGGUGGUGGGGCAGGGGGCGCGCGGUCACCCCUCGAGGGGGGCUCCCCCUCUACCGCCCUCGUCCUCCAAGCCUUGCCGCAGCGCCGCGAGUCCUUCCUCUACCGCUCAGACUCCGACUUCGAAAUGUCACCCAAGUCUAUGUCGAGAAACAGCUCAAUUGCCAGCGAAAGAUUCAAGGAGGUGGAGGCGGCGCAGCUGGACAGAGCUCACGGUGAAGACCUGAUCGUGACGCCCUUCGCCCAAGUGCUCGCCAGCCUGCGCAGCGUCCGCAACAACUUUUUGAGUCUUACUAAUGUUCCAGCUUCCAAAUCACGAAGAUCAUCGGGGGCGGCGACAGCUGUGACACCACAACCAAAGAAUUUCAAUCCAGGAGACGAAGCCUACAUGAAGCUGGCACUGGAGACGGUUGAGGAGCUGGACUGGUGUUUGGACCAGCUCGAGACCAUACAAACACACCGGUCGGUCUCCGAUAUGGCUUCGCUCAAGUUCAAACGGAUGCUGAACAAGGAACUGAGCCAUUUCUCCGAGUCGAGUAAAUCCGGCAACCAGAUCUCCGAGUACAUCUGUUCCACUUUCUUAGACAAACAGCAGGAGCUUGAUUUACCAUCGCUGCAAGUGGAAGAGGGCUCGGAACGUGCCAAGAAAAAGGAAAAGCCUCGCCAUGCCGGACCGGGCUCUACUAUGUCACAAAUAUCUGGAGUGAAGCGAGCGUUGACACAUACAAACAGCUUUACUGGAGACCGGGUACCGAGAUACGGAGUAGAGACACCACACGAGGAGGAGCUGGGCCGGCUGCUCGGCGAAAUCGACCGCUGGGGCGUAGACAUCUUCCGCAUCGGAGAUUUCUCCGGCGGUCGCCCGCUUACCGCCGUCGCCUAUGCCGCCUUCACCUCCAGGGAGCUGCUCUCCACUCUUCAGAUUGCGCCGCGAACCUUCAUUACGUUUGCUGUUACUUUGGAGGAGCACUACAUUCGAGACAAUCCUUUCCACAACUCUCUUCACGCCGCUGAUGUGACACAGUCGACUAACGUGCUGCUGAACACACCGGCUUUAGAUGCCGUGUUCACCCCACUAGAGGUCUGCGCGGCAUUGUUCGCGGCGUGUGUGCACGAUGUCGACCACCCGGGCCUCACGAACCAGUUCCUCGUCAACUCAAGCUCCGAGCUCGCCCUCAUGUACAAUGACGAGUCUGUACUCGAAAACCAUCACCUUGCCGUGGCCUUUAAGCUGCUUCAGAAUGAUGGCUGCGACAUCUUCGUCAACCUACACAAGAAACAAAGGCAGACGCUAAGGAAAAUGGUAAUCGAUAUGGUGCUCUCGACUGACAUGUCAAAACAUAUGAGCCUAUUGGCAGAUCUAAAGACAAUGGUAGAAACGAAGAAAGUCGCCGGCAGCGGCGUUUUAUUACUAGACAAUUAUACUGAUAGAAUACAAGUAUUGGAGAAUCUCGUACACUGUGCCGAUCUCAGUAACCCUACUAAGCCGUUGCCUUUGUAUAAACGGUGGGUUGCGUUAUUAAUGGAGGAGUUCUUCCAGCAAGGGGAUCGGGAAAGAGAGCAAGGCAUGGACAUUAGCCCUAUGUGCGACAGGCAUAACGCCACAAUAGAGAAAUCUCAAGUCGGAUUCAUAGACUACAUCGUGCACCCGCUUUGGGAGACGUGGGCUGACCUGGUACACCCGGAUGCUCAGGACAUCUUGGACACGCUGGAGGAGAACAGGGACUAUUACCAAAGUAUGAUCCCUCCGUCGCCGCCGCCUGCGUCCAUCCAAACGCAUUCAGCUGCCGAUGAUGACCGCCCCGAACAAAUACGCUUUCAAGUAACACUAGAAGAGGGGGAAGGUUCAGAAGAAUGCGAAGGAGAGGGCGACGGCGGGAUGUGACGGAAACUACUGGGAAUUUGUAAGAAACUCUCUGAAAAGAUGCAGGUGUGGUGGAAGCUCUGGCAGUAGAGCGUCAGGACCGCUGUCCGCCCCGCUCGCCGCGCCGCUCGCCGCUCGCCGCCACGGAACGCGACUUCUUGUUGGAUAAUAAUUACACUUGUUGACGCUUAACGUCGAAAUGGGACGAUCUGCGGGUGCGUCGUUACAUUUCGAUCAUAAUUAUUUUUGUGAUUAUGCAAUGUUGUUUAGAGUUACCUAACGACUAAAAUGAUAUGUCCCUCCAAUGACUGUGUAACAUUCGAUCGUCUAGUGUUUUUAUUACUAUUGUUUCGUUUUGUCUAACCAAAGAUAUAAAGUUGAUUCUUAAGUUCACAGAAAUGUUCGAUAUCCCUGUAAGUAGAUAGUAUUCGGUUCGUAAAUUAAAGUCGUGUAAUUAGAUUUAGGCGCCGACUCCGCAUAUAUCGGGUCGGCUAAGUAAGGACAUUGAAAACGCUUAUUAAUUGGUAUGAAAGGGUAAUUUAUAUUGUCAUAUCAUCCACGUUUCUCAUAUUUAAUACGGGUUUGCGAUAAUGAUGUUAAUCACCAAAAUAUAUUAACAUGAUAGGUAUCCUAAAUAUAAAUCUAUUUUAAGGUAAAUUUUAAAAAUUGCCUUUCGGAGUUGUUGUUGUGUCUUUUUCUGAAUAUAAAAUAUUCGGCCAGGCAUCUACUGAAGACACGGGCGUUGCCAAGUUCACCUGAUUGCUUCAUUGAGUUGGUAUACGUAGCCUCCACCUCAUUUCUUGUUCAGGGUCGCUGGCGAUCCUUUUAUUUUCCUCUUUAGAAUAGUGUAUUAUUUUUGUAAAUUAAAUAUAUUCUAGUUCUCUUUUACCCAAAAAUUUAAAUAGUCAUGAAUCUUUAAAAGUUUUUGUGUAUGCAACUAACGGCUUGGAGUGUUUACAAUGUUAAGUACUAACAAAGAGUGGUUUGUGAAGUUUUUCUCGAGUAAGCUCAUAAUGUUUGAAGAAAUUGUGUAAAUGGAAAGGGACAGAGCGGGCCGGGCCUUGCAAUAGAAGAUACUAAGUAGGUAGUUUCACAAGCACUCUUCGCACAACAAUCAAUUCUCGUGUAUUCAUGUGUUAGCUCGUACCCCACCCGACACUCAUGUCGCAAUGAGCAGAUCUGACUUCACUCCUCCCAGUAUUCUGUCACGCUCAUUCUACAGUCUCAUACAUUUCAUUCACAUUGAUAAAUUGUAGGCACCUUCUGAAUGAAGUGGACAACCUGUAUUAUUUGCAUUUCAUUGUAUUCAUCAUUUGUUGUUGUACGAUUUUAUUACUUAUGAGCUGGUCUCUUAAAACUUUCAUGUACUCAGAAGAUAUUUAUACCAGAUUAAAUGAUUUUAAUUCUUGACAAUUCAAUUUGUUGUAUGUUUUAUUUCUACGAUAUUUCCUAGUUGAAGUAUUAUUUUCGAGUAUUCUCUAAGUCAUCAUUUUUAGCAUUCAUCAGAGAAGAAUGAAGGUCCAAUGUACAUUAUUUUCGUAGGUAAUUUAAGAUUUGAUUCGGCGAUCGAGAUAUAAAUACGCAAAUUCGCCGAGAUGUCUUCAAAUGUCUGAUUUUGAGAAUGCAUAGUAUAGGAUUUGGACAAAAAAAUAAUAAUAAAACGCUUAUCUACUCGUGUGUUAAAAAUAGAGACAUUACGCUUAGAAUGAUUUUGAUUUCUAUUGUACCUAUAUGUAACGAAUUGUGUUAUAAUAUGUACUACAGUAGACCUGUGUAUGACACGUAACCAAUCUUUCGUAAUUUCAUAUUGUGAACAAAUGUGUACCUCUCCUGGCGCCGUGGCGGCUCGCCACAGUCUCCCGAGACUCACGGAAACUACCAAUAUUUACCUUCUAGACUUGUAUAAAAUAUAUGCUCGUUGUUAACCUCUCAUUUCAAUAGAAGUACAUAAGUAAUGAUAAAAAGCAGUAUUUGAUUAUGAUCUUAACCACAAAUUGUAACCUUGAUUUAGUAGAAGGGAAUGCUACCGCAGCGUUUUCAUUAUGUAAAAAAAUGUAAACGUUGUUUUUUGUGACGAACCUGACAUGUCAAACACGCCCAUGACACAGCUGUACCGAAACAAAGAAUGACCCUUGUGAAAUCGCUUGUGCGUGUGACAUGUCAUUUUUCAAUAGUUAUAUUUAGAAUUACCGACUAAAUAAAAUUAUUGUUAUUAUUUUAUGCCAAAGUCGUUUCAGUGUUGUGGUAUAAUGUUUUGUCAGUAUGAAAACUAUCGCUAAGAUCGGAUAAUAUCUAGAUAAUUAAUACCGAGUUAAAGUGUGCAAUGCUGGACAUUUGCAUUACUUAUCAUUUGUUUUAAAUAAAAAUAGCUUGUAAUAGUUUAAAUGAAUAUUUGAGUUGAAUUAAAGAAUAUUAAUGUAUUUAGAAUAAAAAAGAUAUGGGAGAAAUA